AAGACCCUAGGGUUAUUAUGUGAUAUAAUGCAACUGCUAACAGAGGGCCUACCGCGAACCACGUUCGACGGGUUGCCUCCCUAUCACACUUACGUACGAAUUUACAAGUGCGACAGAGAGGCAACACGUCGAACGUGGUUCGCGGUAGGCCCUCAGAGGUGCCCUAUUAAAAAAACACUAAAUUUACAACGGAAAUUAAUCCUGCCAACAGUGCCAACUUAACAAACAACUGAAUUCAUAUGGUUUGAAACAGUAACAAAACUAAAAUAAUUGCUGCCAACAUAAUGAAAACUGCAAGUAAAUGACAGUUGAAAAAAAAAUACCGUGUCUACUCUAUGAUUACGUUCUGUCGACUGUCAUUUGUCAGUAUCCAACUUCCCGCUCUUUCUUAUGCUGUAUUGCUGUGUUUGUUUAUCAUUCUUGGAAUCAUUCUUAUUAGACUUUGGAGUGGAAAAUAAUAAUGGAUGGCGACGACAACUUUCUUUCGACACCAGAAGAAAUAUCGGCGGCGGCACAAUCAGUUACCGAGAACUUGUUGCCUACAAAAUCGCGGCGUCAGUAUGAUAAAUCGUAUGAGAAGUUCAUGGCGUGGAGACUGGAACACCAGACUACGUCAUUCUCAGAGAAUGUGCUACUGGCUUACUUUAAAAACCUCGACGAACAAUUCAAGCCGUCUUCACUGUGGGUGGAAUAUUCAAAACUAAAGUCAAUGCUUAAUAUAUACCACCAGACCGACAUCUCUAAAUACGCCAAGUUACUGGCUUUAUUAAAACGGAAGUCAGAAGGAUUUAAGGCGAAAAAAGCAAAAACAUUUUCACCGGAGGAAUUAAAAAAAUUCAUUGAGGAAGCACCGGAUCAGAACCAUCUCUUUAACAAGGUUGCUGUAAUUCUUGGAAUAAUGGGGGCUUGUCGCAGGCAAGAGUUACAUAAUUUAAAAAAUAACAAUAUAAUUGAUGCCCAAGAAACUCUAGUGGUUCAUAUAAUGAACACCAAGAACCGAAUCGAUCGCACUUUUACAGUCACAGGGAAAUAUUAUCAUAUCUGUAAAAAGUACAUGAUUCUUCGUCCGGAUAACUGCAACGAUCUGAACUUUUUUGUACGGUAUGCCAACGGAAAAUGUUUUGCUCAAAAUAUAGGAUUAAACACCUUCGGCCAGUUAGGAAAAAAUGUUGCAUCCUAUCUUGGUCUCCUAAAUCCAGAGCUUUACACAGGGCACUGUUUUCGAAGGACGUCUGCAACUUUAUUGGUAGAUGCUGGUGGUGAUGUGACAUCUUUGAAGCGGCAUGGCGGAUGGAAGUCCACAACGGUGGCAGAAUCAUAUAUAGACAACUCCAUUGCAAGCAAAAAAAAAAAUGUCAAAUACAUUAAUGAAUUCCAUAGAAGAAACUACACCCCUGAAACCACAAUCCACAUACAUACCAGACCGUCAAUGCUCCCCAACUUUUACUCAGGAACCAGAUUAUAUCAACGCCACCAACACUAGUAUCCCAGUCCCUACAACCACACCACUAACUAUAUCCCAAAUAAUAGAACAGAAUUCUGACAUCCAUAUAAAUAAUAAUAGCUCAACCACAUCCACCACUCCCAAUAUAAAUAUUUCUAACAACACAAUUCACAAUUUACAUCUUCAUUUUCAUAAAUGAAUAAAACUAAAUUUCUUAAAACAAACUGCGUUUAAUUUUGUCUUUUAUUUAAUCCCUAAGCAGUCGUAGAAAAAGUAAUGUAUGCAACGUUGUAUAAGUAGGUCAAAAAAGGCUCAUGGCGUCUUUAUUAACAAUUUUCGGCUUCGCCUCAAAUUGUUACACACGCCACUCACCUUUUUUGAACC